GCAGCAAAGCUUAGCUCGCGAGUCGAGCGAAGGAGAGGAGAGAGAGGCUGAUUCGUUCGACUUUUUUUUUGUAGUUGAAGAGGAAUACAAAACAUCACCAUGACGAAGGACAGAUUAGCAGCGCUCGUCGCCGCACAGUCGGACGACGACGAUGUGGCGGAUGAAGUUUCAGUCAAUAUGGGAGGCCAGGAUUCGGACUUCAUGACAGAAUUUUUUGCAGAGGUGGAGGAGAUACGAGAAAUGAUAGACAAAAUACAAACAAAUGUAGAAGAAGUGAAGAAAAAGCACAGUGCCAUUUUGUCUGCGCCACAGACAGAUGAAAAAGUCAAAAACGAACUCGAGGAUCUGAUGGCUGACAUCAAGAAAACCGCUAAUAGAGUCAGAGCCAAAUUAAAAGUCAUAGAGCAAAAUAUCGAGCAGGAGGAGCACACAAAUAAAUCAUCGGCCGAUCUGAGGAUACGCAAAACUCAGCACUCGACGUUAUCAAGAAAAUUCGUCGAGGUCAUGACAGAAUACAACCGAACGCAGACUGAUUACAGGGAGCGAUGUAAAGGAAGAAUACAGAGACAGUUAGAAAUCACGGGUAGAACGACAACUAACGAAGAACUCGAAGAAAUGUUGGAACAGGGUAAUCCUGCAGUCUUCACGCAAGGAAUUAUUAUGGAAACGCAACAAGCCAAACAGACUUUAGCGGAUAUCGAAGCGCGCCACGCUGACAUCAUAAAAUUAGAAAAUUCCAUCAGGGAACUGCACGACAUGUUCAUGGAUAUGGCCAUGCUGGUCGAGAGUCAGGGAGAAAUGAUAGAUCGUAUAGAAUAUCACGUGGAGCAUGCAGUCGAUUACGUGCAAACGGCCACGCAGGACACCAAAAAAGCACUCAAGUAUCAAAGCAAAGCCCGACGGAAGAAAAUCAUGAUCAUGAUCUGCUUGGCCAUUCUCGCCAUUAUCCUUGCGACUACUAUUGGUAGCUACUUCGGCCUGUGAAUCACUCGGUACAGAAAAGUUCAACGACGUUAUCGAGGUAGAUCGAGCUCGCUUUUUCUCAUCGAAGACCCAGUCUGGAGUGUCAUCCCGUGCAUUUACAUUCAACCUUGGAGGAGAGCAGCCCCAAAAAAAAAAGAAACUUUAACGCAUAUCGCCUUGAGCCCUAACGAAUGACAGGCACACACACACACCGCGGAAGAGAGAAAAAACCCCGCAGAAUAAAUAUACGACUCGUGGGGAAAAAAAGGGUCGUCUCCUCCUCCUCUACUCUCUCCCCAAGGGUCGAUCAAUUCCACGGAGACGCUGUAAUUUCCGAGAAGUUUUGGACGACGUAGAAAAAAGGCAAACUCAAGGCACCCACACACACGCGCGCGCGCGCCCGUUCGUCACCGCUGACGAGGCUACUUGUAUAACUACUAGUGCUUUCACAUUAUAGUUUACAACUGUCUAUACGAUAAAUACGAGAAAGUGCGAGAAAAAACCUCGAUAAAAUUGAUAAUUUGACUUUGUACGCCACCAGCGCUGCUCAUCUCAGAUUUAAAGAAAAAAAAAAUAACAACUCGUAGCAAUUGUACACACCAUAUAAAAACUCUUUGAAAUCUCUUUGAAAUUCACGAAAAAAAAAAAAGCAAAAAAUAAGAAGAAGAGGAAGAAAUGACGAAACACGUACACGCGCCGAUGCGCGUAAUAUACAAAAAAAAACACCACGACACACAAACGCACAUAUACACACGAGAACAAAAUAAAAAAAUAUAUAUAUAAAGUAAAAAACAUGAACACGUUCGAGUCAGCAAAAAUCUUCUUAUAUCAAAUAUAUCGAUUGAAAAUGUUUUAUCGAACGCGUCGUUAUGCCUGUAGCGUGUAAUAAUACAUAGCUUAUAUGUAAUGCAAUUAUACAUAUUACAUUAGACAAUGGUCCGUGCAAUUGAAAUUAUAUUAUACUCGGUGAUCGGUCGAGGAAAACGAAGAAGCGAUAUAGAAAGCGUUUCUGCCGCAGCAAUAAGUAAUGAUUAACUCGUAACGGAGUUUUAGGAAAAAUAAACAAAAAAAAAAAAAAUUAUAUCCCUUCGUCGUAAAUUCAUAAUAGGUGUGAGCGAACGAGGAAGCGAACGAAAUGAAUCAAUCACGUUUUUUGGACAUACUAACGUAUUACAUAUGAAAAAAAAAACAAAAAGAAGCAUUGAUAAAUGAACGCAAUGAUGCAACAAUUCAGUCUUUAAAAUAUUAAACAUUUUAGGGAAUCGUUCGCAUGUUAUAUAAUAUAUUACAUGCAUACCUUCACACACAUACACACAAGUCGGACGAUCGAGCCCGAGAGAGUUAUAUUCAUGAAUUAUAAAUAUUAUAUGUAUAAUAUAUUGAAUGAAAAUUUUAUUGCUCAUUAAUUGCUAUUAAAAAAAAUAUAUAAAUAUAUAUCAAUACGAUUAAUUGCGAGUUAUACGGAAAUCGUUGCUUGAACUUCCGCAAAAUGUGGGAAACGAUUGAACGGUUCCGAAAAAAAAACGAUUUUUAUCUAUGAUAUAUCAUUAUAAUAGAUCGAGAUGCAAAUAUAGUAAACGUUAAUUGCGACAAAAUGUUAUAAAAAAGCAAAGAGGCUUUUUGUUGGAAAUUUUAUUAUAAAUACUAAUGUACAUGUAUAACUACGUUGUCGAGGUUUGUACUUAUGAUUCUAGCUGUUCUCACAGAAAUUUAAAGAAAAAAUCAAUGAAUUAUAAAUUAGAAGAGCAAAGUAGGGCACGAAUUGUAAUAACUCGCUCAUUCAUAUCAAUCGAUCGGAGCGAUGAUUGUGCGAAUUUGAUGCCCCAAAAAUUGUACAAAAAAUGUAACUUUAAUUCUAGCUAGCUAUACUAAUUAUCAUCGACAUUAUGAUCAUUAUAAUUUUUACCAUAAAAUAUCAUUAUCGUUCGUUAUUGUAACCGACAGAAAUAAUUAAAUGCAUAACAGUAUUGUAUCACGAAUAAUUAAAAAUUUUUAAAUAAAAUACGAAGUAUCCGGAUAUCAUGACUCGUAAUGAUAUUUGAAAUAACAGUAUAACAUGGAAGUAAUGAACAAAGAUAUGAAAAAUGUGAACGAAGGCACGGGAUUUCGUGCCAUCUUCCAACUUGGCAAAAGAGAUAAAAAUAAAAAUUCUUCGUCAAAAUUGUUUUAUCUAAAAUGAAAAAUAUUAAUCAAGUGGUCAUGUAAAUUAUUUUACAUAUGUUUCCAUAGCAGGCUUACAUUAUUGUGAUUAACAGUUUCAAUUGUUCAUUUAUUGUCAAUUUGAAAUAGACACACUUUCAUGUACUUUUAUACAUGAGGAAAUCCAUGACUUUUUAACAAUAUAUAUAUUUUUUACGUAGUUCUUACUGUAUUUCAUUCCUGUAGCUAUAUAACUAUAGCUUUAAAAUUGUAAUAUUACUUUUGAAGUUCGAAGCAUGUGAAAAUAAGUAAUUCAGACUUUUUCAAUCUCGUCCAUUCGAUUUAGGCGAAUUUAAGCGUGCGUAAACGAUGAGUAAGAAUAUAAAUAUAUUCUCGAACAGAUUAACCGAAAAAUUGACAAAGUAUUGAUUUUACCUGCUAUCAUAAUUUUCACAGUAGUUCAAAGAUUUCAUUUUAGAUAUCAAUGACUUAUGAUCUUUAGUCGUUUAAGUGUAAAAAUAUAUAUUUAUAAUGAUAAAUCAGUUACAUCAUUGUACUAUGAAGUUUUUUUAAAAGUGUAAAUUUUAGAAAUUGUAAUUUACAGCUAUCGCUAAUGAGUUUUCAAUAGAAUAUCUAUAGUUAUUACUGUCAUUAAAAUUUAUUAUCAUUGAUAUAUUUUAUAAGUCAGAGCUAUAAAUAUUUAACUAAAUGUUUUAAUGAAAAAAUGUAUGUAAAGUCUUUAAUUGGAUUGAUAAUAAGAUAGAUCUCAUCGUGACUCUGAAUAGUUGAAAGUUUUUUGGAUUUACUUAUGUAUAUAAACAUAAUUAGUGAAUGCUAAACGUAAUCUGCCAUUUAAUCAAAAAACUCGACGCAAAAUUUUCAUUAAUCGUAAUGAUAGUGUCAUAAGAAUAUCGCGUACUUAAUAAUUGCAACGACAAUUUGAAAAAAGAAGGAAGAUAUGGUUUUGCAACUCGUAUAAAAAAAUAUUGAUUGCAUGUCGAAGCGUAUUAUUGCCGAAGCUUUUCAAUAUUAAAAAUUUUUACAAACCCGUGUCUUCGAUACAUUAGACUUACACCAUUCGCCAACCACUGCAUAAGUAUUAAAAAGGUCACAUUUAAUUAUUAGCACUGUUAUCUACAAACGACACUAACAGAUAAUACAAAGGUAUAAAAAGAAAUACUCGAGUGAUAAUUGCUGAUUUUUAAGGAAUUAAAGAAAAAAAAAGUUUUUUCCAAGUCUAUGCAUUAAAUGUGAUUGAAGUUGAAAAAAAAAAUCAUUCGAAGAAAAAAGUUAAAUUUGAAUUGUUACGUUUAAACAUUUCGCGAGAUUCACCGCGAGAUUCUAGUCCAUAAUGUAAGUAAUUAAUAUUAGAAAAUAAACGCUGGAGAAAACGUACAGUCAAUAAAAAAAAAAUGGUCGCUCGAUUGAUAAUUAAUAUUGACGGUACAGAAAAAUUACGAGUAAUAAAUGAGAGAAAAAAAGUUGAGCGAAAAAGCGAAAAAAAUAAACGCCCCUUACUUCGUGAUGUACGAGUGUAUUCUCGCAAAGGUAUCUUUCGAUAGAUACGCUCAGCUCACGACGAUUAAUACGACUAAUAUUACUACGGUUAAUAUUAAUAAUGAAUAAUAAUAAUUGCCGAGUAAAUAACGGGCGUUAUAUAGUUAACAGAGAAAAAAAAACUUAAAAAUAAAACUUUUAAGGAACUGUGAUCGACUUGCUUGUGGCGCGCCUGAAAUGUAUUAUAAAUCAAGAUUUACCGUUUAAUAAUACUAACAUAUUACACCGUACAUUGAUAUAUUUGCAUUAGCUAGUUCGCAGUAUAUUAAAAAAAAAUAAGUACGAAUUUCUAUUAUUCGAUCGUACAUUUUCAAAGAAUUUUUUCAAAUUCAAGCCACACUUCGCGCACACAAGAACCCAUUAUAAGAUAAAUAUUUAUAAUUCAUCGCUAAUAAAACUAAAGAAAAUUGCGACUUGACGUUGAUACCCCGACGUCGACCGGAAAACAAAAGCGAAGCACGAUAUACUCGAGUUACGAGUUUGUGCAUGUUUCAUUUCGAGAUCUUACGUACUGUAAAAUUGGACUCGAGACACACACACUGCACUGAAUUUCGAAAAACAAACGUUUGAAUGAAAGGUACCUAAAUAAUAAAUAAACCAUACUCUCUCGGACGAAUAUUCAGUGAGACGUUUCGAAAGGAAAGAAGCGGGCGAACGGACAAAGAAUGGUUUAUUUAAGUAAAAAAAAAAAAAAGAAAAUAAUCCGAAACAAACAAAUCAAUAAGACGAAAUACAAAACGACUAAAAAAACCAAGCAAAUAAAGAGAGAGAAAGAAAGAACUCAAUCUAGUUUAUAAAUACACGAUUAUUAAAAAAAAAAAAUAUAUCUCUCUGUCCACGAGUUUGUACAAAUUUUGAACGUGUCCUAUUAUUAAAACGCCUCUUUAAACAGCUAAAGAUUUAAAUGCCGAUAUCGCAUAGUGCAUAUAAUUACCGACUAAAACAAACGUGUUUCAAAGUAAUUAAUUACGGCAAUUAAUUAUUGUUACGUAAACAGUAACGCAUAGGCGAUCUUAUAGUGAUCCUUGUUACUUAGGAAUUGAGCGCGCGUGACAGGAUUAAGAGUAAAUGUAUUGUGUAUACAUGAGAGGGGGCGGCUGGUUGUAUAUUGAAAAUAAGACAAUUUCUUAAAUUGAUUAGGAUAGCAAUUAAUUAAGAAGUGAACUACGGCAACAAAAAAUUUUAAGAAACCAUUAUUAGCCAUUAUACAUUGUCUUAUAUUUUAGAUGAGAGGGUGGGAAAAAUUUUUCAAAUCUUUGUGUUAAUUAGUGGUAAUUACGAUGAAAAAAAAAAUCCAGAGAAUAAUUCAAUAAUAUUGAUAUUAAUGCUAACAAAAAUCGGAGCACAAUCGACUUGUAUCAGCAAGAGUUUGGCCUAAAAAAACACGAUAAAUAACAGAUGGAACAACAGCGACUAUUAAUAUUUAAUAAGCUAAUUAUAGUGACGACAACAACAACAACAACAACAAAAGUUGAUUGAUUAUAAACAAACAAAAAAAAAUCGAGGUAGGGAAUAGCUUUUUAUGAAAUUUAAUCACGCGCACCUGCCCUGACUUAUAAACACUGCAUAAUAAACGUCUAAUGUAGUAUAUAUAAUUAAAAAAUAAAAAAACACAUUUUUUUCAUCGAUUCAAAGUUUUAAGGCCAUUUUAAGAAAUAAGGAGUGUAAUGCGUAAAUUUAUCAAAGUAUGAACUAUUGUUAUAAAAAAAAUAAUAAAACCUCAGCAUGAUCUCAAAAUGCGCGAGUGACGAGCUCGAUAAUGAUUAAAUACAUUUAUAGCGUAAUAAGGCGUAAAUAAGCAACUGCGAUGCUCAGCGAGUGCUGCGAUCGAAAAUUUCGGCAUUGUUCUCUUUAUUUCUCUAUCUUUCUCUCUCUCUAUCUCUCUCUUUUCCCGUUUACAACCGAUAUAAAAUUCCAUUCGGAAAUGUUUGUGAAUAAUAAUGGUCUCUUCGGCGUUUUCUGUCUUCCUACCCAAAAUAUAAAUCAGUUGCGUUUGUGCUGUUAUCGCGCGCGCGUAAUUAUUUUUUUUUUUUAAAGGAGAAAACAAAUUUCAUACAAUCACUGAAAGUUAAUUAUCAAAACCGAGAAUUUCAUGAGUUAUCACGUGCAAGUAUAAAAAAAAUGACAUCUAUAAUAGGUAACGAAUGGCGAAAAAGUAUAACGUUUAUUUACAUUUCAACGGACUAGAUUAGCUUUCACAGUGGUUAAUAUUAAAAGCAAAGUAUUAUUAUCAAUGUAAAUGUAUUUGAGAAUAUAGUUGCAAGAGUUUAGAAAAAAAAGGAAACAUUUUUUGCGUAUUCGAUAAAACCGAAUGAUUUGUAUAACGUAUGGAUCUAUGCUUGCAAAAGCGCAAGGAUUUCUUCUCGAUUCUUUAAUGCCAAAGACUUAAAAAAAAACAUUAGUGCGCGUAGAGUUCGAACCUCGGCACAAAAAAAAAACAAAACCAAGCAAAUUUUUCACACCGAUAAUUAAAACUAGAAAAAAAAAAGAAAAAAGAAAACAAAAGAGAUCAUGAACAUUUAAUAUAAAUGUUGCCUCACACACUGUGUGCACUCGAGCGAGCACGCGACUAAUAAACUUCUAUUGUUAUGUCCAUCUACUUGGAUAGUAAUUGCUUCGAUAAAAAAAAAAUAAACAAACAAAAACAAAAGCUGAACUCAUCUGCAUUUUUGUAGAUAAUAAUAUACGAACUCGAUAUAUGAAAAUUCACGGACCGCUCGUAAAUGCAGGGAGGGAUAUUAUGAAACGAAAAAUACACAAAAAAAAAUAAAAUGAAAUGGAAAUAAAUCGAGAUAGAAAAAAAUUCCAAUAAUGUAUGUGUACGCUGUAUCCACUGGUUACUUUGUCGAUAUUUUAUUUUGAACUUGACAUUUGUAUGUGCAUUGAAGCUGCAUUUCACUGUUGAUUGUUCACCUAAUUUAAUGUUGUAAUAUACUUUCCUUGAAAAAAAGUUUAAUUUAAUGAAUCUGAAUGACUCUUACUGAAGGCUUAAAAAGUUAAAUGUUUCAUUUCCGAAUGUUUCUGUGAAUACUUUUUUUACGAGUUUUUGUAUGCUGACUUGACUUAUCAAAACGCGUCCGUUUAGUUCGAAUGAUAGCCGAAUAAUCUUAUCACAAUUAUACGAUUUUACCAAAUGUCUGUUGAAAAAAAAAUUGUAUACAUUGCUUAACAUACUGAAAUGUCAAAAAUAAAAAAAAAAAAUAAAAAAUAUGUAUGGGUCGGUGUGACACGAAUGCAAUGAGACGAGCUACUUUAAUAAUACCUUAUGUGUGUCAAUUCCACUUUCAGCUAAAUCAUAAGAUUGAAAAAAAGUGUUUAGAGAUAAAUAAUGAAAAAAAUUUGAAAAAAAAACAAUUGACGAGGCAAAAAGUGAAAAAAAAAUUUUAACUAAUACAAAAAUUUUAUGAAAAAAAAAGUAAAAAAAAAAUAAGAAAGCCCACACAAGUGAAUUUCAUGCGACAAAGUGAGAUUAUAUUUAAUGAGCUAUAUAAUUAUUAAUUAAAUCACUAAAGCAAGAGAACAAGCGUAUAAUAUUAUUAAAAAAAAAAAAACAGUGCGUACCGUAAAUAGAAAAGUGAAAAAAUUUACGAAUACUUUUUAUUGUAGGUAUUUCAUAGAGACAAAAAAUAGCAAACAAGUUCAUAAGAUAAUUAUAAGAAUUCUGUAUUUAAUGAUGAACUUAUCUAAAUAAAUCAACGGUGUUUUCUGCCUAUGAAUAUUAAUAUCUCGUACUCUCGUCGGGUGACUAAUGUACAUUUUCUCUCGAAUAAAAUGAAAAA